AUGAGCCUACCUCCUGGUCUUCAUUCUACUUCUCCAAAUCAAGUUUGUAAACUGCAACGUUCUAUAUAUGGUUUAAAACAAGCUAGCCAUCAGUGGUUUGCUAGACUUUCUUCAUUUCUCAUGCAACACGGUUACCAGCAAUCUCAAUCAGAUCAUUCAUUAUUUCUCAAAUUUUCUGGUUCUUCCACAACAGCUCUCCUUGUGUACGUUGAUGAUGUGGUUCUUGCAGGUAAUGAUAUUUCAGAAAUGAGCCAUAUCACUCAGCUUCUUGAUAUCACAUUCAAAAUCAAGGAUCUUGGUAAUCUCAAGUAUUUUUUGGGUCUGAAAGUUGCUAGAAAUAAGUCCGGUAUUCAUAUCUCUCAACGGAAAUAUACCCUUGACAUUCUUUCAGAUUGUGGUAUGUUGGCUUCUCGACCUGUUUCUACUCCUAUGGAUUAUACCACCCGCCUCUCUGCUACAACAGGGACUUCUCUUUCUGAUCCUACUGCAUAUUGUCGACUGAUUGGACGUCUUAUUUACCUCACUACCACUCGCCCAAACAUCACUCAUGCUGUUCAUCAUCUUAGCCAAUUCAUGUCUGCUUCAACAACAGCUCAUUCACAAGCCAUUUUUCGCAUUCUACGAUACUUAAAAUCUACUCCUGGAUUGGGUCUCUUUUUCUCUUCUACAAGUUCUCUUCAAUUAAAAGCUUUCAACGAUUCAGACUGGGCGGGUUGUAUUGAUACUCGACGCUCCAUUACAAGCUUCUCUGUUUAUCUUGGAGACUCCUUAAUCUCUUGGCGUUCUAAGAAGCAGCCCACUGUUUCUCGCAGUUCUUCUGAGGCCGAGUAUCGUGCCUUGGCUACCACUACCUGUGAGCUUCAAUGGCUCACAUAUCUUCUUGAUGAUCUGUAUAUCCUUGUUCAGCGCCCUGCUCUUCUUUACUGUGACAACCAAUCUGCUCUUCAAAUAGCAGCAAAUCAAGUUUUUCAUGAACGUACAAAACACAUUGAUAUCGAUUGUCAUAUUGUUCGUGAGAAAGUUAAUUCUGGUCUCCUAAAAUUGCUGCCCAUAGCUUCCUCGUAUCAACUUGCCGAUAUUUACAAAAAAGCUUUAUCUCCUUCCAACUUUAUCACUUUAUGUUCCAAGCUGGGAAAGCUAAACAUCUAUUCCCAUCUUGAGGGGGGUCUCAAGAAUAAUUUGUUAUUGGGCUUGGGCUUUAUCUUUUCGUUUUGCAUAUUUUGUUUUCACUUUCGGUUGUAA